AUGGGAUCAGGAACUGGGAAUGCAAUUGUGAAGUACUCAUGGAAAAAAUUAAAGAAACAUGCAUGUUAUUUUAUAUAUUACAAAAAGAAAUUUGAGAAACUCAAAGAACAGUUUGAUCUUUUAAAGGCCAUCACGGAUGACACACAACAAAAAGUGGAGAUAUCUAAAAGGAACAAUGAAAUUAUCAGUGAUGAAGUCAACUUAUGGCUAAAGAAGGUGAUUGAACUGGAGGAGAAGUUUAAUAAUAUCAAGAACAACUUCGACAGGAUAGUAGAGAAUGAGAAAUACUGCAUCCCUAGUUUAAUAUUUCGUUAUAAGGUUGGAAGGGAAGCUACUAGGAAAAAGGAUAAAACAUUGAAACUACUGGAUCAAAGCAAAUUCCAAUCUUUUUCUCAUACUCUUGAUCCAUCAGCUGUUAAUCACCCAUCAAACAUAGACUUUGUGAGCUUUGGUGCGACCAAAGAGGCAAUGCAAAAGGUUAUCGAUGCCCUGAAUGAUGAUAAAGUGAAUCUGAUUGGAAUAUAUGGCAUGGGUGGUGUAGGCAAGACUACAUUGAUGGAAGAAAUAAGCAGAAAGAUGAAGGAAACAGAAACAUUUGAUAUGGUAAUAGAUGUGGUUGUGUCACAGAAUCCAAACAUAGCUCAGAUCCAACGCGACAUUGCUGAUGUAUUGGGCAUGCGUGAAUCCUCAAAUAAGAUGUUGGCCACUAGGUUGAAGCAGGUGAAGAAAGUUUUGAUAAUGUUGGAUGAUGUUUGGGCACGGCUGGAGCUAGUUAAGGAAGUCGGGAUUCCAUACCAAGAACACAAGGGUUGUAAAGUGAUACUUACCUCUCGCAAAGCUGAAACAUGCAAUGUAAUGGAAGCUGAUGUCUCAGUUGAAGUUGCCACCUUGUCUAAAGAAGAUUCAUGGCAACUUUUCUGA